UGCAUAUUCACGGCCACACUUUCACAAAUUGGGCAGAAUCCGACCAGUCAAAUCGCUGUCGAGAAAAUUUCCACAGGUGAGAUCGCACCUUCUUCUUUAAUUUGAGGGGAAUUUUCCCGCCAGCGGAACUUGUGCUUCGGUUCCUAAAUUCAAAUCUGGAUUUCUAUCUGGGAGUUUGUGUUUCAAUUCCGUUUUUUCCUCCCACUCUAGGGUUCUCUCUCCGAGUGCCUACUUGGAUGCUCCGGAUCCAUUUUCUCGUUCUUAGUUGCCGCCUCGUGCUUUAAUAGCUUUACCCCGUUCUGAAUUGUUCUCCUUCUCGAUGAAUUUCAGGCUGCUGCUGAGACUGAACUAGAGUUUCUUCUCCCAAGUUCUGUUUGAUUUGGCUCAGUAUCAAACGCUUGGAACUGGGAACUCACUAUUUUGCUGCGGAAGGAAACAAAGCGAGUUCUGGGUUCUGGGUAUUGGAAUCUCUUUGCUUUAGAGUUCGGGGUGCGGAGGUGGGUUUAUUCUAACCCUGAGAUGCUGUAAUAUUCAGUUGUCUGUUUUCGCAUCGUGAUUCUGCAAUCUCAAAGGCGUGAAGAAGUGGCUUGCUGGAUAGUCUGAGACUCCCCAGGGGAGAAAGAGUAGACACAAAUGGGGGAUUACUAUGACAUUGAUGACAUUCUUGCCGAAGAAGAUUUUGUGCCAGUUCAAUUCCACAAGGCAGUGAAUGGGGUGAAAAUUGAUGAAAGUUCAGAAAGAGGCUUUGUUGAACAAGAUUCAAAGGCAGAGCUGCCAUUUUGGCUUGCGCGGGGUUUGCACUUGCAACAAGCCAUAUCAAUCAAAGUUCCUGCUUGUUUCAAUAGAAAUACUAGGUUAGAAAUUGAGGCUGAUGCUGGAUCUGUUGACUUAAGAUCUCGCUGCUCAUACUUCUAUGAGUUUGGAUGUAAAGUAGCACCAUAUUGCGACAAGAGCAUUGGACUAUUGGUCUCAUACGCGUUCAAAGCCCGGUACAAGGAGGUUCUGUACAAGGCACACACAAAAGCAUUUGCAGCAGCAUCCAAAAUCAUGACCUUUCUAACCAAAGAAGAAACCAAUUUGUAUGAAGCAGCUCAAUCCUCCAUGGCAGCCUUUAGGAAAUGGAGAAUGGGCGGUCCUAGAUUGCAGAGAGCUUCAAUUCUUGGAAGGAAAAGAAAACCAGCCGAGUAG